AUUACGAAGCCGUCAAAAUGUCAUGCAUCAGGGGCCGAGUGUGUUUACAGGUGCGCUGAUCGCAUGCACAGGAGAGGAGAAAUAACACUGGCAGAAGCAAGUCGGCAUUGUCGGUGACUGGUAGUCUUUGAACUGGUGCAUCUGUUUUAGGUGGUUAUUGUCACGGUUUUACGGAGGUUUUGGACACUGUUUAACGAGUUUUUAAGUACCUGGGUUUAACUAUUCCAGUGAGCGACAAACAUCAUUAUUUCUCGACGUCCGAGGGAGGUUUUCAGAGGAAAACUGUGCCUGUUCAGGUGUGGAGUUUUCCUUCCACUUAAAUAGCAAAAAGAAGAGGGAAUAUCAAAAGGUGCCGUCAUGAGACUGGUUCUAGUAUCCAGCUUUCUCUGUUGCGUCAUCUCACUGUUCCUUGAAGUGCGCGGGGAGUCAUCGCCACAGUUUUGUCUCAAACAAGAAAAAGACAAAAGCUGCACGAAGGAAGAUUGCGUGAGGAAGAACCAGUUGCUCUGUGUCCAUGGAGUAUGUUUGACGGAUGGUAGGUGUGAGUGUCAAGCUUGCUGGGCUGGACCAUCUUGCAACGGUACAAGAAAUCAGCAUGCACCGGUUUUCACCAAUCUGAUCUACGAAGAGUACAUUUCACCAGAUGUAUCAACUGACUACCCUUUUCUGUACGUCCAUGCAAGUGAUAAAGAUGAAGAACUAUGCGGCAAACCCACGACACCAACACGAUGCCCAUGCUCACAAGUCCAGUAUUCAUUCGCUGAUAAAGAAAAUGGCGGGAACAUUCCGUUUGUGAUUGACUCGAAGACAGGGGGAGUCAGCGCUGCAGUGAAGGACCUCGUGCCUGACGUGUACAGACUGAAAAUACACGCAAGGAAUGGGGACGACCGUGACAUGCAAGGGUCGGCAGAGAUCGUCGUCAGUGUCAUUGAAAUUUACCCCUCGGAUCAGCCAUCAGUCAAACUCAGAAAACUACAAUCUACGCUCGGGCAACUGGACGUCAAUCAAUCCAUCGACAUCACCUUUUUGCCCGUGAGCGACGUGACCAUCGGGACUUUGGUCGAAGGUUCCCGAGUCGACUGCGAGCUGACCAUCGUCAUUCCCGAAGCCUUGGUGGUCGAAGACAUCCGAGUGGAGAUAUUCACCGAGGACGGCAACAACACGCUCUCGGUUCUGUGCGAACCGUCCCUAACAAAAGGGGCUGAGAUUGAGAUAAGUAACUCUGCCCAACCCGAGAUCGCCUACAACCACGAGACAGGGAGCCCAUUUCUGGCCGACACUGCCGUCUUCAACUUGGGGAAUGUUUCCAACACCAAUACUUCUACCGAUGAGCAAGACUCAAGAAUAGUCAUUACUUUCUCUGUGACUUUGAAGGAGGCGAUAUCGUUGGUGCCUGAUGACAGGUAUUGGGUCACUGCUGGUGUGGAGUAUAAUGGUGAAGCUAAACUAUGGGUGGGACAGAUUGGGUUCCUUCUCGACCCUGGGCCACAGUAUGCACCCCAAACCAAUGGUUCUCUGGAAUCACCGGGUGACUUCUACAAAGGAGAGGUGGCUGUCUUUGAUCUAGAACUCAACGUCUACAAGAGUGUCGCAAACCUCACUGUCAAAGCAUCUGGUGAUUCAACGCUGACGUCCCACUUGAUGAUAUGUAAGCUACAGCUAUGCAGUACAGGUAGCGGGUACUGUCUGGACGUGAGCAAGGAUAUCGCUACAUUCCAAGUAGAUGUAAGCUCUCAGAAUGUCUAUGAGUACACCUAUGGAUUCGGAAAUAUUGUCAAUGGAGGUGUUGCCAACAGCACAGUGGAUAGUAGGAUCAUGAUGGAUGUUGUCGCAUACCUAAGAGAUGAUACAGUACCGGCAAAUGGCAGCUUAGAAGUCUCCAUUGAUGAUGGUACAACACAGACUACGCUGACUGCUCCAGUCACUGUGAAGAAUGCGCGACCUACAAUGCUGACUGUGGGAAAGGUUCUAACGAUGAAUGUGAGUACUGUUGACGGCGAUGACCACCUAGUGCCAGGGGAGUGUGUGAAGGUACGCGUGGCAGUCGCUGUCCCGUACUCUACCUCUGUCAAACCAAUCGCUGUUGAGUUUACUAAGAAUGCAGCCGACAGUAAUUUUGAGUUGUGUGCAGUUAGCAUCAACCACAUCGGCAACGAUAUCAGCUGUUUGGAGCAUCGCAGGGAAUCCAUUGAAAAUGCUGUGGUCUACUCGCCUACAGGAAUUCAAGCAACCAUUGAUCUUGGUGGACUCGCCAACACAGGAGGGGCAAGUUCUGGAAAUGGCAUUGACAACGUGAUCGGUAUUGACUUUGUUGUCAAGCUAGUCAGUGAGACGGCAACGCAUAACACUCAGCAUCAAUUUGAUGCAUCUGUAACAUACGGUGACGUUGGAACUCCAUUGACUGCCUCCAUUUCUCUGACUGUGGUUACCGAGCCAGCCUCCAUUACCUACCCAACAGUGCCAGAGGCUGACUCCACCCCAAUCAACAGCUCCUUCGAGUUGCUGUAUCCAGUCAACUCCGACAUAGUAUCACCGGGAGAGUACGCAAUCUUGAGUGUCAAGCCGACCAUCCAACCGGACAGCCAGUACAAGUAUGUCGUAUCGGCACUGGUCCCUGCUGAUAUGACCGUUCUAGCAUUGAGAGUUAUCAGCGUGGGGAGUAAUAUAGCCUGUGGAUUGCUCAUCAGCGAUCCCAUCCCGGUGUAUUCCAGUGUAGGGGGAAGCGGCAAUAAGGACAUGGCUGAAUUGGACUUGGGAUUGAUGUACAACUUUGCUCGGCCUAACGAUGAAACGUGUGAUGAUGAUGCAGUGGUGAUUGAGUUAACGGUCCUGAUGGGUGAAGAUACAAGCAUUACAGAACAGUCCGUUGUUGUGUCUUUAUUGGUCGGCGAAACACAGUUGUGGAUUGCUGAGGGCAACCUAACUGUCUCUCCAAGUGUCGCUAUGGAUGCCGUAUUACCGAGCUACAAUAACCUCAGCUUUGCUCAAUCCUACACUGAAGAAGUGGUUCCGAGCCAGGAAGGUAGUGAAGUGAAGAUCCUACAUACCCUAACGAUACCGGCGAACUCCUCGUUGAAGUAUGUGGUUAAUUACACCACGGAUGUGACGUGGCUUGAGAUCACAGACAUCAGUGUGAUGUCUGUCGGGGAGCUGCUGCUCUGUACUCGGGUUGGACCCGUAACUGCUGUUAAUGGCUCACACAGUCAAGGAAUGUAUGCAACCGUGGACCUCGGUUCUGUUUGUAACAUUCCAAUCGGCAGCGACUUGGCAAACAGCAGCCAGCUGGUGAUUGAGGUGACAGUGAUUUGUCUGAAUGACAGUAAAGUGUUUACCGGCACGAAGGGUGUUAUAGCUGCUGCAGUGGAGGUUAGCAACGCCCAAUCUGAGGCCGUCAGCCAAUCUAGAGAUAUAAGUGUCUUCAUUGCAGGCCCAAAGUCUACAUUUAAGAUGUGUUGCCCGACCACAUCCUACUACAUGCGCCCCCAAGAAAUUGAACGUUGCAACAUCACCAUGUUGAUUGCCGACCCAAACUUGAAGUUCCGAUUGGAGAUUGACACGCCUUACAACGUCACCGCUGGCAUGACCAUCCAGAAUGUGGAAGUGAGUUAUGUAGGACGGAACUUGCAGGUUGGCUCAAGGGACCCUGUGCUGUCCUCGAGUGGUCUCACAACACAGAACAACCAGGCUGUUUUGAACUUUGGACAAAUCAUCCACACAGGGCUGUACACAGGGAACACUUGGUUACCAGGAGAUGACGACAUUGUCAUCCAGAUUGAUAUUCAGAUGGCAGGUGGUUUGCUGAAUAGCAACGGGACGUCUCAAUCUCUGAAUGCUGACAUCUCCAUUGGCCAAGGGGACGUGAUUUGGGUGUCUUACUUUAAAGUCAUCACAGAGAGAGAGGAGAUGGACAAACCCAUCUUCAGCGUGGGCUUCAGUCAUAACAACACAGAGUCAACACUCCUGCUUGGUGAUAAGGUUUGGUACAAUGUCAACAUCAGUCAUACCCCAGACUCCAUGGCAGAGGCUACCAAUAUGAAAGGACACAUCUUUCUGCCUCAGUACAUCCAGUUUGACAGCAUGGUGCCAGACUACUCACUCAGCAGCAACCUAACAACUAUGACCCAUUCCUCUGAUGGAACCGGAUUCUACUUCGAGAUUCCAUCGAUGUGUUUCACUGAUAAUAUUGUUUUCAACAUUGAGACAUCUAUUAAGAGUAACUACUUAUACAAACUGAAUAAGAAAUGGAAAGCAACUACACCAAUAGAGGUGGUGUUUAACAUGCCACAUCAUGAUUUAAGUACUUACUCUGAGGGCUUCUACUUCAGUGAACCCAUGGACUACACCACAUACGACUUCACUGUACCUUAUCCAUACAUACCAGCUCCAAGUGACCCUUCAAGCUGCCCGUCACCGGUGGCUCUUGGGAUGGAAGACAACACCAUCACUGACUGCCAGAUUACGGCUUCAUUCUCACCAGAUGACUCUGCACAGGGACAUCAUGCAAGACUCAGGGGAGGCUCAGCUUGGAAGACGCUAGCAAGGGCUGGACCCUUCCUUUAUGAUCGAUGGCUAAAGGUCGACCUGGGAAAGAUGUCUGUUCUAACCGGUCUCCAGACUCAAGGUGGGAUUAACCCAGCCGCUGACGGGGACCUGGGAGAAUUUGAAAUCCUGUUCAGCCUGGACGACACUCUGUAUACAGCGGCCACCCCUGAAAACAACAAAAUAUUUGACCACAAGAAAGACUCUCCAGCGAGUCACGAUACCAUCGUAGAACACAUCCUCUACAAACCUGUAAAGACACGCUACGUCGUGCUCAACUUGACUGCCUAUGACUAUACUACAGCAUCUAAAUGGUACAAUGCACUCAGGAUUGAGCUGCUUGGCUGCCCAAUAGAUGCUCAGGUUGCAAAUGAUGUGUGCCCACCAGAGACCAUCACGCCUCUUGCCGAAGCUUAUGAGAGAGGAUUUCUUGUAGAUCCAGAAACCUCAACGCUGUUUGUAUGCGACAUGGUCACUCACGGCAAGAGUGGCAUGCGGAAAGAGAUUCACCCAUCGGUUUACACCAUCCAAUGGAAGAAACCAGACAUGCACUGCUACAUGAUGAAAUACACGGACAAAAACUGGAUUGGUCUUGAUUCCAGACUCCGUAACAUCAUCGGCUUCCUGCCAAGCACUGGUAGACUGUACGGCAUCUUGAGCAAUUCACCAGACUCUUACGCAGCUGCUGACGAGCCUCAAGGAAGCUGGUACCUGAUACCUAAGAGUGAGUACGACACGGCGGCCGCCAGCGAGGGCUACGUUGCGGCUGUGACCGUACCGUUCAUGUCCACAGAGACCUUCAAAUAUUCAAACCCUGAUGAUCUUGCUAACUCUGUGUACACCAGCAGUGAUUUCAAGGCUACUAUGAGCGGUAUCUAUAAGGGUGCUGAGAAGGUCCUGGAUUGGAACACCUGCUGCCAGCCAACGUGUGCUGCCGAUGGCGGAUCUGAAGGCUGCACCUAAGAACACAAAACACCCAUCAGACUCCGAGGCUGCUUGUUUUGAAGUGAAUUUCAUUAAUUUCAACUUUCAAUAUUGCAUUUCACUCUCUUAGUGCCAUUUUUAAUGUCAUUCACAAAAUGUGUUAUAAAUAUUUUUGAAAAUGGUGACGUGUCAGUAAAUGAUGAAUGCACCUUCACAACCAAAUCCCUCACCGUGUAAAUAAUGUGUAAGUACUUUUGUUGUGUGAUGCUAGAUUUAGGAAAGGUAAGGAAUAUGUGAUUGCUUCUUUAUUGAAAUAAUUGUAGAUACAUGUACAUUCAGGAGGGUGGGGAAAAUAAUUGAUGUAUAUUUUGUGCUAAUUAAGAUGCAAAGUUUUUAGUUUGAGCCCAUAUUACAUUGCCAAAAAUCCCUGCUUAUAUUGUAAGUUUGCUGGAGUUCCCCAGUACCCUGUUGUGUUGAUCCCCUCUGGUUGAUGGUAGCCAUUGACAGAAUUGCUCUUAUUUCAAGAGUGAAUUGGCAAAUGCGUGGCAUAAUAAUUAUGUCCCUGCAAGACUGGAGGGUUGGUAGAGAGCAAUCCGACAAACAAAAUUGGUAUCGCCCUCUACUGCAAAAAUUAACAACUGCGGUGUCUUUUUGUGCACAUUCUAGGCACUGAAGGCACUACAGCAAAUGGCGCGCGGUGCUCAACACUUGCGCGCCCGGUGCGCACCCCGAUUGGUGCAUACACUGGUAUAUUGCACUUUUUUAGAGCAUCUUGGUAGCUGGUAUGGAUGGUUUUUACCUAGAAUAAUCUUAAAUGCACAUUUUUGUAUUCUUCACACGGGUAGCUCAGACAACCAGCCAAAAAGUUUAAUGCAGUAGUGAUCAGUAAGCUUUCAAUGAUGAGUC